GCCACGCGGUGCUCUCCCAUAUGGACCUUGUCUACGUCAUUGGCGGCAAAGACAGCGACCGGAAGUGCCUGAACAAGAUGUGCGUCUAUGACCCUAAGAAGUUUGAGUGGAAGGAGCUGGCUCCCAUGCAGACGGCCCGGUCACUCUUCGGGGCCACCGUGCACGAUGGCCGCAUUUUUGUGGCCGCCGGUGUCACGGACACGGGGCUGACCAGUUCCGUGGAGGUGUACAGCAUCACAGACAACAA